AUGUUGAACAUAACCCGCCUUGACCGGUCUAUUCCUCUUGACAUCGUGCUGAAAUCCGCGUUAAAUCGCGUGGCGGGGCGCCGCGAUCCGUGCAGACAAAUCAACUGUCCAGCCGCCACUCCACGCACCGACAUUCCCUCCGUCUCUUCCGCUGCGCCAGCAAAGUGCGCAAAGCUACCGCAAUGCCGGUGCAAACGCCGCAGAAAACGUUUUGGUCACCACCAGCGCAAAUCGUCGCAUAUCACGUAUCACGUUAGCCGGGUCAAGGCCAGAUACGCCAACCUAUUGGCCCUGUCGCUCGGUCAUGAAAAGAGCAACAUCCAUCAAUCCGAGCAUCAUUGUCGCCAAACGAAAGUUACUCUUCGUCUCAAUGUGGCGCACCGAGGCGAUAUCACGUCCAAGCUGACCGACUACACACCACUGACCGCACAGGACCUACCUUCUAACCCGGUUACCAACACGACCCAACCGCUGUCAACCACAGACUGUCAUAUACGUGUAAAUACUCUUCGGCACCGGCACUGCGCCACAACCGGCGGAACCACCGUCUGCAUCGACGAAAACGGACAUAUUCAUUGGCACAACGCCGACCACGCUCACGUCGAAUGCCACCAACGUGUGCCAACGGGCUGCUGUACAUCCAAGACGGCCUAUUGCGGUAUCCACCAGCUGGUGCACCCACCGACCAGUACCGGCAAACCAGCACUGCGUCACCGCGCGAGCUACCUUGGCUGUUUUCGUAUCAGCCAAAUGCUAAACCUGACGUGGAACGACGUCGCCCUCCAACAUGAUGGCGACAGCUAG